UUGAGUUAAAACAGCAGGAGAGAGCGUGCCCUGAAGGUAGCUCCAAUAUCAAAGCAUGGAUUUUAAAUAUUUAUCAAAAAUCAUCUUAUUGAUUGUCACUGUGCUACAGAUAUGCACAGCUCAGGGCAUCAAUGUGUCAGUGUUUACAGUCACGUCUAAGAGUAUAACCGUGCGCUGGAGCAGAUACGCGGGCGCGAGCUCCUAUAAGAUCACCGCCACGCCGAAGAACUCACCCGUGCCAUCGGUGUUCGCGCAGUUCAGCGGGAGUGCGGUCAUGGGCUCCGUGAACGCGCUCUCGUCGAAUACGGUGUACCGGAUGCGCGUAGAAGCGAUGGACAGCGGGGUGAACGUACUGAGCAGUGCCGAGACCGAAGACACCACAGCACCUGAUGUUCCCUUCAUACAGCAGGCUUACUCUAAACACAGCGACAGCAUCACAGUGGAGUUCGGGCAGGUGUCGGGUGCCACCGGUUAUAUCCUACGGGCAGAGACCGAGGACGGAUUCUUCUCUGAAACGGCCGUGGGAACUUCUCCUGGGACGGUGGUCAAUCUGCAGCCCUAUACCCAAUACAUCCUCAGCGUAAUGUCUGUCAAUAGUGGAGGGAGGAGUCAGCCAUCUCUACCCAUCAAUGCUAAGACAGUCUUGGUGUCUCCAGCGUUGAAUUCCAGUUCUUCCAGCAGUGAUUCUAUCCAGCUGAACUGGAUUCCAGUGGACCACGCUGUGCUGUACACACUGUGUGUUAUCAAGGAUGGUUCAGACACACGGGUUAAAUUCAACACGACUGAGACCAACAUCACCUUUCCUGACCUUGAACCUGGCACCACAUACUGCAUCAAAGUCAAUGCCUGGGAUCCUGAGGGUAACCUGGGAGAUGACAUCACAGUCUGCCAAAUCACACGUCCUCCUGUACCUGGCGCUGUGCAGGUUCAGUUAAUGCUGGGCCGUUCUGUUGGUCUGGAAGUGUUUUGGCAGUUGGUCCGUGGCGCCGACUCAUACUUUGCUCUGAGCUCAACGGGUCAGAACUGCACCUCUCUGGAUGCCUACUGUGUCAUUAGUCCCCUGAGCUGCGGACAGAACCACACCAUCACCGUCUAUGCAUCCAAUGAGGCCGGACCCAGCGAUCCUUCAAAUCCAGAGGACCUUCUGACCUAUCCCUGCCCUCCAGAGCUGGUGUGGAUCGAGGAACCGGUCGCAGGAAACUGUUCGGUCAUGUGGUCUAAGGAUUCAUGGGUGGAUUUCUACAUUGCCUUUGUGAAAAGAGACGAUGGCUUAGAGGAACAAUGCAACACCACUGCCUCGGCCUGCCAAUUCAGCUGCAUCUGUGGUUACUCGUACCUCACAACUGUUUUCGCUUACAACCAGGCUGGGCCCAGCCCACCGGGUCAAAUACUCAACUAUACAACAAUCCCAUGCUGUCCAGAGGACGUGUCCGUGUCCCUCAUAUCCACAGAGACAUUGGAGAUCUCGUGGUCAGCUGUUCAAGGUGCUGAGAUAUACGAGACGGUGGCAGCGGACCAGACCGAAAGGAUCCACUGCAGUGACACGGCCCCUGUGUGUGCCCUCUCGGACCUUACCUGUGACAGUCUGUACAGUGUGGUGGUGCGGCCGUGCAGUGACGGUGGAUGCAAUAACACCUGCAGCGCACACACACGCCAGACAGCUCCCUGUGCUCCUGAGAUCCAGAACGUGACACAGGUGAACUCCUCAACGGUACAGGUGUCAUGGAGUUCUGCAAACACUCGGGCCAACUACAGCGUGCUCGCCGUCAGUACUACAGAUUCGCUCACCUGCACGUCCACUGGCACGUCGUGUUUCCUUAGCAAUCUGCCCUGUGGAACCAAAUAUGAGAUCAGCGCCUAUGCCAGCACCGCCGCAGCCCAGAGUCUGCCUAGCUACACCUUUCCCCUAGAGACAGGACCCUGCUGUCCAGCAACUCUGAGUGUUGAACAGAUGACCCAAGCCAUGAGUGAUGUGGUCUGGUCGCCCGCAACAGGGGCACAUUCAUACGUUACCUCUCUGACAUCAUCCAGAGGUCACGCCAAAUGCCAUACCAUGGAUACGCACUGCCUGAUGGGAUGCAUUACGUGUAACACCAACUACAGUGUAUCUCUGGAGGCCAUCAGCGUUACUGGACAUAAAUCACAGUGCAAUUACCACGGUUUUUCCUCAAGUGGCUGUUGUCCCUCAAGUGUAAAACUGUACCGCAUGGCGAACAAUACUCUACGCGUGUACUGGCGCUCUUCUCCAAGCCUGUACAACUACAUUGCUGACCUGUACGGCACCAGUUCCAACUACACCUGCAGCGCGACACAAGGGUCUAACUCGUGUGACGUUGCGGAGAUCUUAUGUGGGGAAGUCUACACGGUCGUGGUCGCUCCAUUAACACUGGAUGGUUCUAAAGUCAAAUUCUGCCCAAAGAGACUCUACUCAGUUUCCUGCUCUGGGAACACUGUUGGAAUGGUGAUCUAUCGAGGAAGAAGAAGUGUGGAUUAAAACUCUAGGCACGGCUAAGAAGAUCACGCUAUGACAUCACGGACAGCAAGAAGACUUUUAUCCCCAUCCUAUAUUGAUAUACUGUUUGUCAGAAACUUAAACCUGAUUGAAAAAUAUAUGUUUAAACAUUUGAAUUGAUUUUUAAACCUACUUUAUAUGAAUGUUUUGAUUGUAUACUGUAACGCCAUGUCCAAACUUUCAAUGUCUCUUUAAUGAUGACACAAUCUGAAUACAAUGUCAUGUUAAACAUGUACUGUACAAUACCUUUUUGAUUGAAACUUUAAGCAUUUGUAGGAAAUCCCCCAAGCAGAAAGCCUCCAAAUGCCUGGACCGGUGUGUGUAUACAGUAGGGUGGAUCUGUAAAGUAGGUUAUUGAGAAAUCUGAACAUGUUUCAGGAUUAGUAUCUGCCCCGGGUCACAUGUGUCCUUUGGAUGAUAUAGCAUAGAAACUUCUACUGCAACUUAAUACAAAAACAAUCUUUAGCACUCUGAAUAAACUGCAUAA